AUGUCCCUGGUGGGGAAUUUCACGUCCAACUACGACCACAGCGUCGAAACUCAGGGUCCUGGGGCUCCAGGUCACCAUCGGAGGGCAAGCCAGGGGGAACCCCUUCACCUCCCAUUUCGCACAACAUCACGGGAAACCCGUCCAUCCACCGACCGACCCCAUCAAUCCCCUCCUGCCUCCCAUGCCGCGACGGAACCGACGGGGAAGCCCCAAUCUUCCAGCAGCUCCGACAAUGAAGGCGAGGACGAACGCGUCAAGCACCUGGCUCGUCAAUUCUCUCGCUCCUCCAACUUCUCCCUCAAUGUCAACCCUUUCGACGCGGAGCCUGACUCGAUCCUCGACCCCAGUUCAGACAACUUCCGCGCGCGAGCGUGGGUCAAGGCCAUGUUCAAACUCCAGCAAGCUGACGACCGAUUCCUCGCCCGGACGGCCGGGGUCGCGUUCCGCAAUCUGAGUGCCCACGGCUUCGGUGCCGCCACCGACUACCAAAAAUCGGUCGGCAAUGUCAUUUUUGAAGUCCUGGGGAUUGCCCGCAAACUUAUGGGGGUGGGCCAACGCCGGAUCGACAUUCUCCGUGGCUUCGAUGGUGUCCUCUACCCUGGAGAGAUGUUGGUCGUUCUCGGCCCCCCGGGUUCUGGCUGUUCCACGUUUCUCAAGACCCUCGCGGGCGAGACUCACGGAUUCAACGUGGACAAGGACUCGUACAUCAACUACCAAGGUAUCAGCUUUGAGCAGAUGCACCAACAUUUCCGCGGCGAGGCCAUCUACACUGCGGAACAGGAUGUCCAUUUCCCUCAGUUGACGGUGGGUGAAACGCUCUACUUUGCCGCUCGCGCCCGAGCUCCCCGACAUCGUCCUGGGAAUGUCUCGAGAGACGCGUACGCUGCUCACAUGAGGGACGUCAUCAUGGCGACCUUUGGCAUUCGCCACACCUUUGAUACGCGCGUGGGCAACGACUUCGUCCGCGGCGUCAGUGGUGGCGAACGAAAACGAGUCAGUAUCGCGGAGGCGGCCUUGAAUAUGUCUCCUCUCCAAUGCUGGGAUAACAGCACGCGUGGUUUGGACAGUGCCAACGCCAUCGAGUUUUGCAAGACUCUGCGGGCAUCCACCGACAUUCUCAGCGCGACGGCCGCCGUGGCCAUCUACCAGGCUCCUCAGAGUGCGUAUGACAUCUUCGACAAGGCCAUCGUGCUGUACGAAGGACGUCAGAUUUAUUUUGGAAAGAAGGGCGAUGCCAAAGAUUACUUCAUUCGCAUGGGCUUCCAUUGUCCCGAUCGUCAGACCACCGCGGAUUUCUUGACCUCCAUGACCAGUCCGGAUGAACGAAUCGUUCGGGAAGGUUUCGAGAACAAAGUGCCCCGCACUCCGGACGAGUUUGCUCAGGCUUGGAAGGACAGCCCCGAGCGGGCUCAGCUUCUCCAGGACAUCGAAGCGUUCGACCAGAAUCAUCCCCUCGGCGGACCGGAUUUGGAGAGAUUCAAGGAAUCGAGGAGACUGCAACAAGCCAAACGACAACGGGUGUCGUCCCCCUAUACCCUCUCUUACGGGCAACAGGUGGGCCUCUGUCUCUGGCGUGGUUUCCGACGACUCAUGGCCGACCCGAGCUUGACGUUUACUCAGCUCUUUGGCAACAGCAUCAUGGCUUUGAUCAUCGGUUCCAUCUUUUACAAUCUCGACACCACCACCAAUUCUUUCUACUCCCGCGGCGCCUUGCUUUUCUUCGCCAUUCUGAUGAACGCUUUCGGCUCGGCCUUGGAAAUCCUGACGCUGUAUGCACAACGUCCGAUUGUCGAGAAGCACGCUCGAUACGCUCUGUACCAUCCGUCCGCCGAGGCAUUUGCAUCGAUGUUGACGGAUAUGCCUUAUAAGAUUCUCAACACGAUCGUCUUUAACAUUACACUGUACUUUAUGACCAAUUUGAGAAGAGAGCCCGGCGCGUUCUUCUUUUUCCUCUUGAUCUCGUUCUUCUUAACCUUGGUCAUGAGCAUGCUUUUCCGGACCAUCGCUUCCGUCUCGCGAACCCUCAGUCAGGCGUUGGCCCCGGCCGCCAUUCUGAUUCUGGCCAUUGUGAUCUAUACGGGAUUUGCUAUUCCAGUCAAUUACAUGCUGGGGUGGGCACGUUGGAUCAACUAUCUUGAUCCCGUCGCCUACGGAUUUGAAGCCCUGAUGGUGAACGAGUUCUCCGGUCAAAACUAUGAUUGUGCCGAUUACGUUCCAUCCGGACCGGGCUACGGCAGUUCCAACCGAGUGUGCGCCGCGGUGGGCUCUCGACCUGGUCAAACAUAUGUUGCCGGAGACGACUAUAUCAAUAGCAGUUUCGAGUACUACGCCUCGCACCGAUGGAGGAACUUUGGGAUUCUCAUCGCAUUCAUGAUCGGUCUCAUGGGCACCUACUUGGUGUCGGCGGAAUUUGUGGCGGCCAAGAAAUCGAAGGGCGAAGUUCUGGUUUUCCGACGCGGCCACAAGCCCGCCGCUUUCAAAUCCAAUCCUCCGCCCGAUGCAGAGGCGGGUAACGCGACGGUCACGGCACAGAACGAUCAUCGGCUCGAACAUGUGUCCAGCAUCAUCCAGAAGCAAACCGCGAUCUUCCAAUGGCGGGACGUCUGUUACGACAUCAAGGUGAAAGGAGGAGAACGACGACUCCUGGAUCAUGUUGACGGCUGGGUCAAGCCCGGUACUUUGACCGCUCUCAUGGGGGUAUCUGGUGCCGGAAAGACCACACUGCUCGAUGUCCUCGCGACUCGCGUGACCAUGGGCGUCAUUACGGGCGAAAUGUUGGUCGAUGGCCGACAGCGAGACGAAUCCUUCCAAAGAAAGACGGGCUACGUUCAACAACAGGACCUUCAUUUGGAAACCUCGACGGUUCGAGAAGCCCUGAACUUCAGUGCCCUCCUUCGUCAACCAGCUCACAUCCCCCGCAAAGAGAAAUUGGCCUACGUCGACGAAAUCAUCAAGCUCCUGGAAAUGUCCGACUUCGCCGACGCCGUUGUUGGUGUACCCGGCGAAGGUCUCAACGUCGAACAACGUAAACGUCUGACCAUUGGUGUGGAAUUGGCGGCGAAACCCCAACUCUUACUCUUCUUGGACGAACCGACUUCCGGUCUCGACUCGCAAACCUCAUGGUCGAUCCUUGAUCUCCUCGAGAAAUUGAAAAAUAAUGGACAAGCCAUUCUCUGCACCAUCCACCAGCCCUCGGCCAUGCUUUUCCAACGCUUCGACCGUCUUUUGUUCCUCGCCACGGGUGGACGUACCGUGUACUUCGGCCCGGUCGGUGAAUCCUCCAAGAUCCUCACCAGUUACUUCGAACGAAACGGCGCUCAUCACUGUCCUCCAGACGCCAAUCCGGCCGAGUGGAUGUUAGAAGUCAUUGGCGCUGCCCCGGGUUCGCACACCGAUAUCGACUGGGUCGAUACCUGGCGAAAUUCGCCGGAAAUCAGAGAAGUACAUGCCGAGCUGGAACAAAUGAAGCGAGACCGAUGCAAACUUGCUCCCGCCACCUCUAAUGCCGCGGACAAGUCUAGUUAUCGCGAGUUCGCCGCACCGUUUUGGGAGCAGCUGUUCGAAGUGCAGAAACGUGUCUUUGAACAAUACUGGCGUACACCUUCUUAUAUCUACAGCAAACUGUCUCUCUGCGUUGCAUCUGGUCUUUUUAUUGGUUUCUCCUUCUUCAAGGCUCGCAAUACCCAGCAAGGUCUCCAGAACCAAAUGUUCGGCAUCUUCAUGCUGAUGACCAUCUUCGGCCAACUGGUGCAACAAAUCAUGCCUCUGUUCGUAACGCAGCGAUCCUUGUACGAAGUGCGUGAACGCCCCUCCAAGGCUUACUCGUGGAAAGCAUUCAUGAUGAGCAACAUCAUUGUCGAACUACCUUGGUCCAUGCUCUGCGCUAUCCUCAUCUUCGUCACCUGGUACUAUCCGAUCGGGCUGUAUGAGAACGCGGAACCAACAGACUCGGUCCACGAACGCGGUGCCUUGAUGUUCCUCCUCAUCCUCUCCUUCUUACUGUUCACUUCCACUUUCGCGCACAUGGUCAUUGCAGGAAUUGAAGAUGCUGAGACAGGAGGCAACAUGGCCAAUUUGGCCUUCUCACUCACCCUUGUGUUUUGCGGUGUCCUCGUCGGCCCUACAGCUCUCCCCGGCUUCUGGAUUUUUAUGUAUCGCGUCUCACCAUUUACCUAUCUCAUCGAUGGGAUGCUUUCCACGGCUGUAGCACAUACGGACGUCACUUGCGCUUCGAACGAGUAUCUGCACUUCUCGCCUCCUGCCGGCGAGACCUGUGGAUCCUACAUGCGUGAUUAUAUCGAUGCGUUCGGUGGCUACCUCCAAGACACCGCUGCGACUAGCAACUGCAGCUUCUGCCGGAUUUCCAGCACCGACACGUUUUUGUCGAGCGUCUCCGCACACCCACAGUACAUGUGGCGCAACUUCGGCAUCAUGUGGGCGUACAUUGUUUUCAACAUCGCGGGCGCUGUUGCGUUGUACUGGCUCGUCCGUGUCCCGAAGAAAAAUGGCAAGGGCAAGAAAGAAAUCGCCAGCCCCGAGGGCAGCAAAGAGGGAAGUGUCCUCGAGCCUCCCGUCGACGCCACGGAGAAAGACAUGGAGAGAGCAACGGGGGGUGAUUUGGAAACUGCCCAUGGCCCUGGCCCAGAACCAGAAGUGACGGGGCUGGCGCCAGAGUCCAUCAACCUUGAGAAAAAAGCAGAGAAGGAGAAGGAUGACGGCGUUAUUCGCUGA